GAACGGGGCUUUAGUGAGAAACCGUUAUUAAAUUUGUCCGUUUUGCUCACGGCUCGCUUAACUUCACUAUGGGUUGUAGUAAAUCUACUACUGUACCCCUCUUUGAGCCAGUACCUCAUCCUGAUGUAGUACAAGUAUAUAAAUGCUUUGAAAAAAAAACACCUCUGAUUAUAGAUAAUGGAAGUUUUUCAUGUAAAGUUGGGUGGGCUUCGGAACCAGAACCUUCUUUGAACUUUCCCAGUAAAUCUAUUAGAACUAAGAUUAAAGGCCGUCUUGCAACAAUUGUAGGAAACGAUAUUCUUGAUCCAGAGAGCUCUAAGUACUCUUUUCGAACUUUAUUCGAUCGUGGGGUAGUUACAAAUUUUAGCACCCAGGAAGAUCUGUUUGAUUACGCCUUUGCCAAACUAGGCAUUAACAGUUCUUCCAUUUCGCAUCCCGUUGUUAUAACAGAAACAGUGUGUAACUUUUUUUACUGCCGAGAAAGAAUGGCUGAGUUACUAUUUGAGUGCUACGGCUGCCCAAGCUUAACAUUCGGCGUUGACGGUCUUUUUAGUUUUUAUCAUUCUAAUGUAAUAAAUGAAUUCGAAUCUAAUAUGGCGAAUGGCCUUGUGAUUUCCUGUUCUCACUCAGCCACUCACAUACUGCCAAUUAUUGACGGCAGUUUCGACGUCUCCAACGCCAGAAGAUUAAGUUUUUCUGGUCUUGAAUUAAGCGACUAUCUUACUAAAUUACUUCAUCUAAAGUAUCCUCAGCACAAGUCAGCUCUUCAGGGAGAUAAAAUAAAACAAAUCCAAAAUAAACUUUUUGUAGCUGAAGACUACACAGCGGAAUUAAAAAAGUGGACGGACGAAUCUUACCAUUCCGCUAACGAAAUUGUUUUUCAGCUUCCGUUUGUUGUUCCUGAAAGCAGUGGUGUCCCUGAAGAAGAAAAGCGGCGACGGCGAGAGGAACAGUCCCAACGAAUCAAAGAGUAUAUCAAGUCCAAACGAGAAAAGCAACUUGCAGAACUUUCGGAGAGGUUGGUUUUAUACAGAACCCUCGAAAAGUCGCCGUCUGAUGCUAAAGUUAAGGCGAAAAUGAAGGAAGCAGGGAUAAAGAAUGUGGUAAAUUUGGAAAAGAAUAUUCGUUUAGUUAAACAAUCAAUAAUUAAGGUUGAGGCAAAGCUGAACGGCCACUCCGAACCUCCAGAAGAAGAGAUAAAGAAAGAAUAUGUAUUUGAUUUGAUAAACGUUUCUGAUAGCGAGCUUGACAGUGACCAGCUAAAAGAAAAAAAGAAACAACUGUUUUUAAAGAAUGCCGCUGAGGGACGCGAGAGGGCUAAAAAAAUUCGCCAGCAACUUCAGCAAGAGAAAGAAGAACAGGACGCUCAAUUAGAACUCCGUCGACAAAAUAAUCCUGAACAAUACUUGCAGGAAUUAAAGGAUAUGCGCUCUAAACUCAUGCGUCGACGAGAGAUGCGCAAGAAACGGAGAGAAGAGCUGAAUGACCGGAGAAGUCAAGCCUCGAAGCAGCGAAUGAGGCUAAUAGUGCAACAGACUCAAACAGUAGAAGAUGCAAAAGGCAAAAAAGAUAAAGCAAAGCGCAGAAAACAAGAAGAUCUCUUCGGUGUGAACGACUCAGACUUCGAUAUUUACCGGAAUAUCAGUAAAGAGUCCGAUUCCGAAAGUGAGCACGAGCAAGAAGAGCUCCUAAAAAUAGAAGAACUUUUGUUUAAGUACGAUCCCGACUAUAAAAGUGUUGACGAGCCGCUUACUAUCGAAGAGUAUCAUCAACUUCGACUCGGCACGGAGGCCUUUCGAGCUCCCGAAUUAUUAUUUCAACCAGCCAUAUUUGGCAGUGAUAGGGCCGGGCUUAUUGAAAGUAUUGAGUGGCUAUUAAAAAGCUACCCGAGUGAGCAGCAAGAAAAGUUGUGUCAGAAUGUUCAUGUGUGCGGAGGUUUGGCCGGGUUGUCCGGAUUGGCAGAAAGAAUUCGGAGAGAACUAAUAAUGAUCCGCCCUGUUGGCGCAGUAAUAAAUGUGACUACAGCCAGCAACCCGCUUUACAGCGCCUGGCAGGGCGCACGCGAAUGGACUGUACGUGAGGAAGACGAGUUCCACUCUCUUUUGCUUAGUAAAGAAGAUUUUAUGGAGAGAGGCCUCGACAAUCUUAAGGAACAUCGAUUCUCCAAUAUAUACAGAAUAAGAAAUAAAAGUUAAUUUCUGUUC